UCUCUUGUCACACACGUGCAAUGUGUUCUUGUUGUUUUAUAUUAUUGCGUAUAAGUUCAUCUACAUAAUAUAAAUCCUGACAAUUACAUAUAAGGCAGUCGAUCUUUGCUAAAUUGCGUUAUAAGGAAAAUCAAUUUUAAAGACAAGAUAUUGCAGAUAACACUCAAUAUGAAGGAUUCCGACGAUGACAGUUCCGACAGCAGUAACGAUUUCGCCGGUAUCACGCCAAAGGAUGAACUGACAGCGAGUUUCUUUUCAGUAAAAUCGGUGACAAAGCCUAACCUAAUAGACUGGAAGGACAAUAGCGAGGAUGAGAGCAGCGACGAUGAGAAUUUCGCGAGUGUACCCGAGAACAAUAGCAUUGAACUGUUCUCGGAGGUGGUCAAGAAUCUGGAAGCCUCACAGAGAGCUUCUGUCAAUGAUGAGGAGCCCGAACAGCACUUUUCCAAGUACGAUAGUACACACGUCACGAAAGAAAUCAAAAUAGAAAAGAAGAAAAAUAUAUCAGACGAGAUAAACGCUGUUUUGCUCCAAGGAGAAAGUGGAACACAAGCAUUCCGCGAAGACGACGAAGACACGAAUGACGACGAGAAGCAAGAAGAGGAUGUUAAACGUCCUGAAGAUUAUACUAUACCUAAGGAAGGUGUUCAAAUAACUUUACCUGGUACGAGUAUGGUUUUCAAAAAGAAAACAGCCAACAAAAGGGAAUCAGAUCUGGCUGCGCUUCUGCGAAAAAAAUUAAAAGCUAAUCAGAUUAUUAUAGAAAAAGCAGCUAGACUUUGUUGGUUAGCAUAUGGAUUUCACUUAAAUCAUCAAGCUAAUGAACCUGAGAUAAUGGCAACAGCGGUAUCUCUUGUAUCAACAAAAAGUUAUCCAAAGGAUAACUUUAGUUUAGAAUACCUGGAAAAAUUUACAAAAUGGUUUAAAAAUAUGUUUACAAUACAAUCUAGUCAUGAUCAAGUUAUUAUAAAUAAGGAGACGUUAUUAAAAAGAAUUGCAGAGAAGAAAAUUUAUAAUUACAGGGAAUUAGUAAUAUUAUACGUAGCAAUACUGAGAGGUAUUGGCUUUCAUUGUCGUUUAGUAGUAUCUCUCAAUCCACCACUUGUAAAAGCUUCUAACGAAUUACUGCCUAAAACAAGCACAGUGAAAAAAGAUAGUCAAAUUAAAGACGAGACAAAAGCGAAAAAGACAUCCUCAAAGGAAAAUAAGAAAAAUGUGAAUUCAAAGGAAAAUAAGAAAAAUACGAAUUCAAAGGAAACUAAGAAAAAUGUAGAUUCAAAGAAAGAUCUCAAAAAUAGCAGUAUAAUUCAGAAUAACGAAAAUGCACGAAGAAACGCUAAUGAAGAAGCAAAGAAAAGGGCAGCAGAGAUUCUUCGUUCAAAGUAUUCAUAUAGUAAGAAAAACAAAGACAAAUUAAACAGCAAUAUAGUGACGCAAGAUGAUGCUUCUACAUCCAAAAAUAUAGAAACAGCUUCCACAAGUUCGAGAAAAGUAGAGUCUGGUCCAUCAGGUCCAUCUCCAAGGCGUUUAAGAUCUAGUAAGCACAAUGUUCCAUCCAGUUCAAUCAAACAAAAUAAGAUUAUUUCAGAAGAUAACCAACCUAAAACAAAAAAUGCCAAGAGACAGUCACGAAGUAAUAGUUCAAGUUCCGAAAAAGAAGAAGAAGAGUCACCUAGCAAAGCAAAAAGGAAAUGUAGUGAUAAAAAUAAAACAGCCAUUAAAUCUAAAAGAAAGAAUGAAAAACAGGAUCAAGCUUCGACAGAUGAAGAAAUGGACAAAUUGAAAAAGAGACAAGAUAUAUGGGCCGAAAUAUAUGUGGAAUCUAAAGCAAGCUGGAUAUGCGUAAAUGUUAUAAAUGGAAGUGUAGAUUGUGUAGCUGAAAUAUAUAAAAAAGCAAGCAAGCCAGUAUUAUAUGUAAUAGCUUAUAAUUCAGAAAGAUUAGUAAAGGAUGUAACAAGACGCUACUGUCCACAGUGGCUUUCUGUCACACGUAAACAGCGUAUUGAUGAGAAAUGGUGGAUUGAGACUUUAAGUUAUUGGCAAGAAAGAGAGACGACCAUAUCUAAGCAAGAAGAUGAAUUAUUAUUGCAAAAGGAAUUGGAGCAACCAUUGCCUAAAACCGUUGGCGAAUGCAAAGGACAUCCGUUAUACGUUCUUAUCAGACAUUUACUUAAAUACGAAGCCUUGUAUCCAUCAGAUUGUGUACCAUUAGGACAUUUGAAAACGGGCGAAGCUAUUUAUUCACGGUAUUGCGUACAUACGCUAUGCUCCCGAGAGACGUGGUUAAAGAAAGCUCGAGUUGUUAAACCGAAGCAGGACCCUUACAAAAUAGUUAAAGCACUUCCAAAAUAUGACAAGCUUUCAGGUAUGAGACUGAAGGACUCUGCAUUGGAACUAUUUGGAGAAUGGCAAACUACAGACUACGUUCCCCCAGAGGCUAAAGAUGGUAUUGUACCUCGAAAUGAAUAUGGAAAUGUGGAUUUAUUUAAAAAAUGUAUGCUUCCAAAGGGCACAGUACAUAUAAUCCUUCCAGGAUUAAAUCGCGUCGCGCGUAAAUUAAACAUAGAUUGCGCGACUGCUGUAGUAGGUUUCAAUUUCGGUUGCAUGGGCGCUGUACCAGCCAUUGAGGGCUAUGUCGUGUGUGCUGAAUACGAAGACACGUUACGAGAAGCUUGGGAAGCAGAACAAAUUGAAGCAGCUAAACGAGCCGCUGAAAAAGCUAAGAAAAAAGUUUAUGCCAACUGGAGGAAACUUAUUAGGGGUUUACUCAUUAGGGAGAGACUACAGGAAAAAUAUAAUUUUAGAGAAGAAUCUAAAGAACAGUCAAACAAACGUCCAAAGUCACAAAAGGAUGCUGUAAAAAAAUCCAAAGCACAAUAGAAUACAAUUGUCAUAAUUUGUAUACAUAUUAAUUUAGAAAUACGUAUUACGUUUAAAGAAACCAAUGUAUAAAAUUCCGAAUAGUAUUACUUUG